GCUUGGUCUGUUGUAGCAGAGAUAGCAUUCAGGAUGAAACAUGUUAGCAAGUGCCUGAAGUAACUGAGCUCUGUCUUGUUUUUGUUUCCUUAUAUCUUCGUGAAUUCACCACAUCAGUGAUCGACUGGAGUCAUGCUGCCUCUGAAGGAGAAAGAUAAACCCGUGGUCCAGAAGCUUCUGUCGGCCGGCUGCUGCGCUCGCUGCGUCCUCAGGUUCUGCUGCGUGAGCGUCCAGGCCGUCUACAGGAAGCCCCACCAGGAAACACUCAAAGAACUUCAAGCGUUCAUCGGCAACACAGAGAACGGCAAAUCCCAAGAUUCAGUAGCAGCAGAUUCCACAGAGGAAAACAACAAAUCCCAUGAUGCAACAGUACCAGAACCAGCUGAUGAACCCGCUGAUGACCCGCCGAGCAAAAGAGCGAAACUGGAGCUCAGCGGGACUGAAGCUCCGUCAGAGGAAGACGCUGCGGAGGAGAAACUGACGGAGGAGCCGAGUGUGUGUGUGGUGUGUUUGGGCAUCCUACAGGAACUCUGUGGCACGACUCAGGCCGUGAAGAUAGCGGAGAAGGUGAAGGCAGAAAAGUACGAGUUUGAAACUCUGGUUCUGUCUGUGUCUCUGCCCGCUCAGCUGUGUGUCCGUGAGGUCAGUGUGUGUGGUGUGUGUGUGUGAUAUCAUUUAACCAUU